GCCUCUUUGUACCAAUAUUUAUGUGUUCAAGUAAAUAUAAUAAAUUAAAAAAUAAAUUUUCUGUUUUAUUCCAAUUUUUUUCAGUUACAAUAUGAUUGGAUGAAACGAUUAAACAAACGUUAGAAAUAUAAACAUAUACACAUUUUAACUUGUCUAAUUCUAUGAAGAGAUCACACUGUCGAAAUUCCCGUCAGGCAUAUUCUAAAUGUCGAGGAGUAUGCUGUCUGAUACUAGGCAUUGUAACUGGUUUGUUAUUACUGUUACAUUUUAAAGUAUUCUUUGGAAAUACGUUCAAUUAUCAAGAGUACUAUAAAUAUUAUAAGAAUAAAAAAAAUUAUUUAUCCGAUAAAUUAAGAGAGUUUAUUGUUAAAAAUAUUGAGGAUGGUAGUAGUAGUAUUAGUCGUAGUACCGCUACUACAAAUUAUGAUUAUGAUAAUAAUAAAAAAUAUCUAAUCAUUAAUGCACAAACUACAUAUAACCAUUUAGACAACAAAAAUACACAGAGUAAACAAAAGAACAGAGAGCACACAAUAACUAUUACUAAUCCAGUUUAUUUCAAUACAACUGCUAUUAAUUCAAAGCCAAGUAUUCACAUAGAUACAGACUAUUCUACAAAACUGUAUAAUAAAAUAAGAAUAUUGUGUUAUAUUAAUACACAUCCAGAAAAUUAUUAUAAGAAAGCUAUACAUGUACAUAAGACAUGGGCUAGAAGAUGUACAAAGCAUAUAUUUAUGAGUACAAAAUUCGAUCCAAUUCUACCGGUUGCUGUUUUAAAAUUACCGUAUCCAGAAGUGAGAAUGCAUUUAUGGAGUAAAUUUCGCAUCAUACUUCGUUACAUUUACCAAUUUCGUAAUGAUUAUGAUUAUUUUUUAAAGACCGAUGAUGAUGCCUACGUAAUUAUGGAAAAUUUAUUGAAUGUUUUACAGAAUUACUCACCAGAUAUGCCUUUUAUGCUUGGGCAUAGAUUUCCGAUUCUUGCUCGAAAUGGUUAUUUUUCUGGUGGUGCAGGCUACGUUCUAUCUAGAGAAGCAUUAAAGCGUAUAGUUGAACAGUCAAUUGACAGACAUCAUAAUUGUCCAGUUUAUGAUGAAAAUAUGGAAGAUGUAAAAAUGAGUAUAUGUGGACAAGCAGUUGGUGUUCGCUUAUAUGAUGUAUUUGAUAUACUUGGUCGUUAUCAAUUCCGUUGGAGAUCGCUUGAUAUGUUGUUGAAUUUUACAUCUUUUCGAAGUUUGCACUGGCGUCCUGUGAAAUUACAACCGCAAACCUUAUAUGCAGCACCACAUCAAUCAUUACUUAGUGAUGUUGGAAUCAGUUUUCAUUAUGUUACACCAGAUAUGAUGUAUAUGUUAGAAUAUUUCUUAUAUCAUUUACGUCCAAUUGGAUUAGUGAAUAAUUUUGUACAACUACCUAAAGAAAUGUGUAAUGUGCAAUGAAAUAUUAAUCAUUUAUCUAUUCGUAUUUCAUUUUUGUAUGUUGACAAUAGAUUGUUUUUUCACUUCAUUUUUCAUAGAUCUUUAUUUCAAUAUAACUAGUAUAUUUAAAUAAUACAAUAAUUUCUUUCUAUCAUGAAUUGUUAACAAUCAAUUGUAAUGAUGAUAUUUCAUGUUAUGGUACGUAUAAAUUAUGUACUUGUCUAUUUCUC